CCGGAAGCUUCUACGUGUUCAGUUUCCCGACACAUUUUUCAUAAACAGCUACAAUAACAAGCACGAAAAGGACUACGACAAAAAGUCCAUGUUGCCAACCACCAGCCAACACAGCAACGGUGCCCUUAGUUUGAGGGAUGCUGCUCGCCACACCGCGGGGGCCAAGCGCUACAAGUACCUGCGAAGGCUGCUCCAUUUCAGGCAAAUGGACUUUGAAUUUGCCCUGUGGCAGAUGCUUUAUUUGUUCACAUCACCGCAGAGAGUCUACCGCAACUUCCACUACAGGAAACAGACCAAGGACCAGUGGGCCCGGGAUGACCCAGCAUUCCUGGUCUUGCUCAGCGUCUGGUUAUGUGUUUCAACAAUGGGCUUUGGAUUGGUGCUGGACAUGGGAGUUCUUGAGACAUUGAAGCUCCUGCUGUGGGUGGUCUUUAUUGAUUGCAUAGGAGUGGGUCUCCUCAUAUCAACCCUCAUGUGGGCGAUAAGCAACAAAUACUUGCUGAAACACCCGAGCCGUGAGUUUGAUGUCGAGUGGGGUUACACGUUUGACGUUCACCUCAACGCUUUCUACCCGCUCCUUGUCAUUCUGCACUUCCUGCAGCUCUUUUUCAUCAACCAUUUGAUAGUGAUUAACUCUGACUGGUUCCUUGGAUAUUUUGUGGGGAACACCUUGUGGCUGAUAGCCAUUGGUUAUUAUCUGUACAUCACCUUCUUGGGGUACAAUGGUGUGCUGAAACCUAUCCCAACUAUCUUUCGGCGAGAGGCGGUGUACACCCUGAACUGGUCGCCACCCAAUCACAGGGCGCCUAUAAACAAACAACCAUUCACACCCACAUUCACACUUACAGACAAUUAGGAGUUUUCAAUUAACGUAGCAUGCAUGUUUUGGGAUGUGGGAGGAAACCGGAGUACCCGGAGAAAACCCACGCAGGCACGGGGAGAACAUGCAAACUCCAAACAGGCGAGGCCGGAUUUGAACCCGGGUCCUCAGAACAGUGCGGCAGAUGUGCUAACCAGUCGCCCACCGUGCCGCCGACCAGUUUUUCAAAAGAUUUAAUUUGAAUCAAGAGUGAUCUGGAUAGGAUUAGAUCUCAACAAGAAGUAUUUCAAACUAGGAUAUCACUGGCGUCAGGCCAAAACUUGGUAAAUUUAGUAUUUUUUCUUAAAUCUAUACUAUUGGUCAGUCCCUACGCAUGUGUGUGAUAUUUUUACAAAUUAUUGUGUUGGUGAGACUCACCAAGUGAUCGGUGGGCAGCUGUGUUCAAGUGUUGGAAAAUGGCUUGCCCUGUUUGACAAUGCAACGGUAACACGUGCCAUUUUUGGGGGGGUUUCCUGAAAAGUGACCGUUUUGGACGUACAAUAAUUUCCUCCAGUACCAAUGAUAUGUGAUCCUGAUUCUAGUAAAAUUGGGGUAUAGAUUUGGUAAUCCAAUCCUAUCCGCAAUCUGAUCAAAUUCUGUUCUUGGGUAUUCCAAAAUCCCAAGGUGGAGAUUAGUAGUAAUGCACCGAAAUUUCAGCCGCCGAAAUAUUUCGGCCAAAAGUGCAUUUUCGGUUUUGGAUUGAAAGACUUAUUUCACCAAAAAAUGCAUGAAACGUGUCAUGCAUAACAAUGCACAUGUUGAUCACUGACAUCCAGCACUGGAGUGUGUACACCUCAUAGUAAAUAAUACUUUACUAUUAACAAACAAUGCCCUGCUGACUAUCCAGUUGAAUUGACUGGAGAGGUCACUUUAUUACACACACCCUACACUCACAGUUUGAUAAUGACAUUGUGCCAUAAAUCAACCAUAAAUGUAAAAUAAGUGUAACUGUUAAGUAACACAUACAUUCAACAAACUACUAGUAAUAUAAACAGAUUAAUAACAAAGAUGAAUGUCUUUAUUACUGUAAUAGUUCAAAUUACAAACGCAUGUCACGAUGAAUUACGGGGAACCACGUGGCUUUUCCGUCAUCAUGCUAGCGGCUACUAGCCCAAACGUAGCGUCCCUAUUGUUGUCCAACCUCACUGCUUUCCACUGUUCAGGGAUGGAAUGCUUGUUGCACGCUAUAUUUUGUGCUGCGCCAGCUACCUACUAACUCCAGCUAACGCGGCUAAAUAAAGUACGAAGCCGAACCGCGGAAGCGAACGUGCGCCUCAUAUCCCUUCUCAACACAGCAGACGUCACAAAUCAUCAUCGCCUCCUUGUCAGCGAAUAAACUACACUUUCGAUAAGUAUCAUAAUAAUGAGGGACGGUGGAUAAAAUGAGACAGAGAGAGAGACAGAAACAAUUCUAAUUGCUAAGCUAUCACAUGAAGUCGCAAAACACAAAAAUAAGUGAUUGGGUGGUACAGUACACUUGUCACAUUGGUCGGGCUGAAACCGCAAUUAAGGGGAGAUUAGCCAACUUUGAAGAGCAAAUUAGUGUGCGUUUAUAAAGGGAAAUACUAUUAUAUACAGUGCUAGACAGUCAUAAGUGGACCGGAAAAGAAUUAGUACGUAAUCUCUGCUACAUCAUUUGAGAAAAUGAACCAAUAUAAUACAUCUAUAAGAUAACCUUUAUUAGUCUCAAAAUGGGGAAAUUUGCGUUAUUUUAGCAGCAAUAGUGGAGAGAAGACAUUUGGCUGCAAAUGCAUCUGCCAGGUUGAUGCAAUAAAUACUUUAUAAUAACCAAUAAUGAUGCUAUCAUUGAUUAACAAUUAAGAUUAUACAAUAAUGAUUAUGUUGUGAAAUUGAAUAGUGUGCAGAUUUUUAGAAUUCUAUUGCAUAAUGUACUGCAACAACUGUCCCGUGGUAAUGUUCUUGACAUACGGCGGCUGAAAUAAGUAUUUAAAACAUCAUCAUUUUAAUCACUAAAUAUAUUUCCAAAGAUUCUAUUGACAUGAAAAUUUCACCAGAUGUUGGAAGCAACCCUAUUAAUCCAUCCAUACAUAAAAAGAAAGUAUAACAAAUUAAUUUGUGUGUAAUAAUGUGAAAGGACACAGGGAAAAAGUAUUGAAGAAUGGGAAGUGCAAAAAGGCAUGGAAAGGCAAGACAACACCUAAAAUCUGUCAAUAAUCAAACAGCAAUCCAGCCCCUUGUCAGUGCAAAUGAAUAUCAGCUGGUUCAGUCCUAAUUGAUGGCUUACAAAAAGGUCUCAUUGCCAAGGUGUGACUCAAGACACAUCUCGUGAUGGGUAAGAGGAAAGAGCUGUCUCAAGACCAUCACAAAGUAAUUGUUGCAAAAACAUAAUGGUGUCGAUUACAGGUGCAUAUCUAACCUUCUGAAUGUUCCAGUGAGCAUGGUUGUUCCCAGCAUCUGGUGAAAUUUUCAUGUCGAUAGCACCUUUUUUAAAAGUAUGGAAAUUCAAGCAGGUUCCCUCUAGUUGUACAUGAGAGGAUCACUGCCCAAGUACAGUUCAGUUGUAUUUAACCUGAAAGGUUAAUACAUUUCAAUUUCAUUUUUUAAGUACAGUUUAGUAUUUUCCUAUAUUUAAGCACAGGUUUAAUGCUCAAACUACAUAAUGUUACGGAGGUUUACAAUAAUAUUAAAUACACUUAAGAAUAAAACUGGUCUCGUUUUUCAUGAGCAGUUAGGCCUUCUAUGUUACUGUAUUUUAACAUUGGUGAUUAUGGUGGUACUUGGAGAGCUAAGUAAUUAUCAAGUGGUACUUGGUGUAAAAGGUUUGAGAACCACGGGGCAAUGUAAAUAAUUAUUUUGUUCAAUAAUUGCGUAAGCCUAUGUAAGAGUAACGUCUUCACCUGACAUCACCACACACUUGAAUCCAAGCUACUUUGAAUCUGUUUUACAACAAUUUCAAGUGUAUCUUUAUUUUUUUGGGUCUAAAAGACGUGACGAAGAACAUAAUCUUGUGCUGAAGGCAACUUGAAGAAGAGCAGAGUAAAAAUUAAAGAGGUAAAGGGUAAAAAUACAACUGGGAUGAAUCCUGGUAGUUGGCCUACUCAAAAACCUGAAAUAUGGAUUCUAUAAUCCUGAUCUUGUGGUAUCCAGAGUCUCUUUGAAAGUUUGAAAUACCAGGACAAAACCUGCAAGAUUAAUUUGAUCCGGGUUAGGGAAAAAAAAGAGAUCUUUCAUCAUUCAUUCAUUCUGAUCCAGAUUAUUAUUAUUAAUUGUUUUUUUAAAUACUGGGCCCAUCAGAUCAUUCUCUUCAGUCCCAAUGUAUCUAAGUUGUGAGAGACAUCACUCCAUGCACUUCUGUUGUAGCCAUAGGAACAUUGGAUUUUUAAAUUUCAUAUAAUCUACAAAUCUAUUACAUCCCAAACAGAUGAAGUGUCCGUCAAUGCCGUGUGUAAAAUGUCCUCCCUUGUUAUGU